AUGUUCGGUGACCUGCGAUGGCGCUUCAAAGCCCUCGCUCUUUUCAUUGGGCUACGCAUCGCCUUCGUCUGGUCACAGCCUACCGGGGGUCAGGGUGCCUGGCAGGCAGCAUCGCCAAGCAUCCACUCGACCCUAGAGCCAACGAAUGUUGACAACACAGCUGGACCCUCUGAUCCGAUGAUUCACGUCGCACAUCCUCAGCAUUACCAACCAUCUCCAAGUGACGAAGUGCCUGGGCAGUGGAGUCAUCGGCAACACUUGCAGCCUGCAGCUCGCCCAGAUUCACCCACGAUCUCUUCCUUGUUCGACUUUGACUUCGGACCUUAUCUGUCAAAGUGGUUCGAAGACGAAGCCGACAAGCCGAAUACAGUCGGGUCCAGCGAGCCCAGUCAUCAAGCUGUAGAGCAGAGGCAGCGCGUAACGUCAAUUCCCACCCAUGAACAAUUUGGUUCGUCGCUAGCUCCUCACACUGCUCGUAUCGAAAGCUAUCACCCCUUCGAUUAUCAGCAUGUCGAUCACUUCGCACACCUCCCGACCCUGCGUCAGCAGAUGCAUUCCUACUUCGGGCAGGCUGGUCAACCAGGAAUGGGUUUCGAGCAAAGCGGAUCCAGCAAUUCAGGAAACCUGCUCUCGCAUCUGUCCUCACACGCUCAAGAUGAUUUUCCCCUUUCAAGAGGUCUUAUGUCCUCUGGCUCUACGAGCGAAGAUCAUGCUUCUCACAGCUCUGCCGACACAGCGAACCGGUUCAAACGUUUUCGCGUUUCAAGGUCUCCUUGGAAGGGCGUAAGAGCGAGAAGUCCGAACAAGGUGUGGACAAAGGAAGACCUCGACAGAUACGUCAACAACUACGUCCGACCGAGGUUUGCUGAGCCUGAGGCUCUCAAACGACUCCCAUGGUCAGUGCCGCCUUCCAGAACAGCCGGGGAAGACAGGCUUACAAAAACCCGUGAUAGGUUACAUUAUGUCAGCACCGACCACGAAAUUCGAGAGAUGAUCAACAAUGAAAUCUUUGGUGGCAGGCUCAAGUGGGUAGCCGAACAGCUGCCCAUGGAAAAAAAUCCGCGACAGAGUAUUAUAGGCUCAUCCGCUGUUCCCAGCCGAGUGCUUCCUUUUAUCAAAGUUCCAGGGUUUUAUGGGGUGAAUUCAGAGCCUUUGGACGUGCGUAUGGUCAUCCUUGACAGCUUUUCACCGAGGGAUGGUCGGAAUAACGGGAUCGCGAGAAGGGCGAGGUACACAUUUUGGGCUUUCCCGAAUAAGAGAGCAGAAAAAGGCUUCAGCACGUUCGUCAAACAUCAUGGUGUCGGUCAUCUCGAGGAGGCAGAUUUCGACCACGUCAAUAGUUUUUUGUUGGAAAAGAUGAAUAGUGUCUCCAAGAAGGCGAUAGGCGACGCUGUCCACGUUCACCCCUGA